AUGUUAGCUUUAAGAAAAACAAUGCGCCAUCAAAAUGUCUCCUGCAACGAACCGGGGCACUGCUUCGGCAGAGUCAAGAAAGCAAGAUCGACACUGAUAGUGAUAAACAGCAACACAAUGGAGCGAUUACCACUCACUCGGAACGGAUCCGGACAACAGCCAAAUAAACUCCGGGAUCCCGAAAAGGGCCGUACACAAACCCAAGCCGAGCGAAAAACAAGAAAAAUAAAACAGGGAAAAAAGGAGCGCAAGAGAAAACGCACAGGAGCAGGGGCAACAGCAGAAAGGGGAACCAUUUUGGUUUUUCCGUUUUCUUAUUUUUAUUUUUUGUUGAGUCAUGGGCACGUCACCGCACAGCAGCGCCGCGGGCCUGAACCGCUGCGCGUCUAUCAUCGUGAAACAUCGCUACUUCUGUCGCCGCGCCGACGCUGGUCCAGACCACAAAGAGAUGCACGAUCAGAAGCACUGUACCCUGCAGAGUUAGAGAUAGUGUAA